AUGGCCCAGACGCAGCAGAAGGCCAGCUUCAUGAACCGGCACGGCCUCUACCUGUCGUGCAAGCCCUCGGGCGAGCUGGAAGGCGUGCCAGAGGCCUCGAGCGGGGAGGGCACAGAGUUCGAGGUGAUGAUCGUCAACGACAAGGUCAGCAUCAAGUCCCACCUGGGCAAGUACCUCACCGUGCCUCGCUCCGCUGACAGUGAUGCGGUCGCGGCGCAGUCAGACAAGGCGUACUCGUGGACGCUCAACUUUCUCUCGGUCACCAGCGGGGUCUACGCCACGUUCCGAUCGCAGCGCGAGGGUCUGUUCAUGUCGGCCACCUCGGAUGGCGCGGUGGUGCUCGUGGCUCGGGACGAGCCCGGGCCGCAGGAAAAGUGGACCCUCCACGAAGACGAGCGCAAGCUCACCCUCCUCUCAUCAUGGGGCUACUACCUCAGCGUGGCUGGUGGGACUCUGAGCGCGCGGUCGCCGACGGUGACUGAGUCCGAGCGGUUCUGGCGGUUCGUGAAGGGCGAGAACAAGCUCGCCAUUCGGUCCAAGCUGAUCGACCGCAGCCUCACCGCCGUCACUGGGCAGCAACGCGUCGACGUCAGCGAGAAAAAGGACAGCGAGCCCACCAUGUGGAUCGUGCAGCUGACCUUCUACUCGUAG